AUGUUGAAGUUCGCGAUUAAACGAAAAACUUUGGAACUGUUUCACGAGGCUGUUGAUAACAAGGACUACUUACGGACGAAGCUUUUGAUCGAAAAUUGCGAUAAACAAAAAUUUGUUGUCGAUUCGUUGGACGCGAACGGACUCACGCCGUUGCAGCGGAGUUGCUUCUUGGGAAAUGCACGGAUCGUUCGUCUUCUCGUCGAAGCCGGCGCGAACGUAUCGAUCAAGGACAGCGAAGGCUGGACCGUCCUUCAUGCCGCUUCUGUGGCUGGAAACUAUGCCGUCGUUAAGUAUCUGAUGAAAGUCGGAGUCGAUUUAGAGGCGAAGACCGAUCGAGGGGAAUUAGCUUUGGACCUAGCCGACAAGGACAACGUGGUGUUACUAUUGGUGAAAGGAAUGAUCCGCAAAGGGUUGUAUGCGUAUGUGAGGGGGUAUUUUAAACAAAAUCCCAAGACUUUUCAACGUAUUAUAGAAGAUAUGAAGAAGAAAGAUAAGCUUCCAACCACGCGUGUAAAACGCAUUGCCUCGCGACGUCCACGCAGUCUCCAACUACGAAAUGUCCCAGACGAGUCGAACACCGACGAGACCGAAAUGAGUACUCUUGAAAUUCCGGCCGAAGAGAACGAACCACCUCGCGGCACAUUCCGACGGUCGCUACGAGGACGUCGUCAGACACCUUCUCAAUCCUGUCCUAUCUACGAUGACCCAUUAAUAUCAGAUGAUGAAGAUCUUGAUCAUGAUCAUAUUAUCCCCUUAACACCAUCAUGGAUAUCAUCAUCGAUGACAUCAUUAUCAUCAGUAUCAUCAAAUUCAUCCGUCCCAUCAGCUCAUCUGGAUUGGCCCGAUGUUAUCUACGCAGCGCACCGUAGCACCCGAACAUCAUCAUCGUCUAGCCCAACCUCCACUUCAAAAUGUGUGAAAUUUAUCGUCCCCGUUGGCUCAUGCGAUGUUUCAAGUGGAAGUGUGAAGCAAGUUAACAAAUGGAUCGAUUCGGGAAAGAUUGAACUUAAUUCCUUGAAUCAAAAUGGAGUCACCCCAUUACACCAAGCUGCUUUUGCGAAUAAUGUAGUGGUAGUUGAACUAUUACUCCGUCGAGGUGCGGAUAUCAACAAACAAUCCUCAGACGGUUGUACUCCUAUACACGCGGCAGUACAGGGGGGCGGUUCCCGUGCGGUCGCCUUACUCAUAGACUACGGAGCUGACUUGUUCAUUGAGAACGAUAACGGCGCGCUGCCAAUAGAGGAGACUGAGAACGAGGGUAUUAUAGCCAUACUUCAACAGGCUAUGACUGUGAAUUAA